GAAGCCACACGGCUCGCUGCUCCCUCUCUACACCAAGCUACCAGCCCCACAGGACCCUCUUCCAAGAUGGCUCAACACAGGGUUCAGUGUGCUGAUAUCCAGAACGACCUCAUCUUCCUCUCCCACAACAGGAAGCCCCUCAAAAGGAUGUCCUCUCUUAUGGAGCUGAAGGAAGUAUUCCAAAACGCUGAUGCCGUCUGCUUUGAUGUGGACAGCACAGUCAUCAAAGAGGAAGGCAUCGACGAGCUGGCAAAAUUCUGUGGCGUUGGAGACGCAGUGGCUGAAAUGACUCGAAGAGCGAUGGGUGGCACUGUAACGUUCAAGGCUGCUUUGACUGCCCGGCUAGGCCUCAUCCGCCCCUCCUAUGAACAAGUGCAGAAAUUGAUAUCAGAGCAUCCGCCCCAGUUAACACCAGGAAUAAGGGAACUGGUCAACCGGCUCCACCAGCGAGGUGUCCAGGUCUUCUUAAUCUCCGGGGGGUUUCAGAGCAUCGUGGAACACGUGGCUUUGCAGCUCAACAUCCCAACAGCAAACGUCUUUGCCAACAGGUUGAAGUUCUACUUCAAUGGAGAAUACGCCGGUUUUGACGAGACGCAGCCAACUGCUGAGUCGGGUGGCAAAGGACAAGUCAUUAGUUACCUGAAGGAGCAGUUUCAGUUUAAAAAGGUGGUGAUGAUUGGAGACGGAGCAACAGAUAUGGAAGCCUGCCCGCCUGCAGACUGUUUCAUUGGCUUUGGAGGCAAUGUCGUGCGGAAACAAGUCAAGGAGAAAGCCAAGUGGUACAUCACCCAUUUUGACGAACUGCUGAAAGAACUAGAGGAACGAUAAAUUAUGAACUAGGCUUAUUUUAUUAACAUGUAUCGUAGCUAGAUGUAUAACUAUGCAAUUAAACAUAUUCUUAUUGUU